GUUUUAGCGAUGAUUGCGAACACGCAAACCGGAUGGACCCAGGGCCGGGAAAGGGGGAAAGUUAUAAAGCAGACUUCAUUUCCUUCUUCUUUUCUCAAUUAAACCAAUCUUUAACAGUAUUUCUCAAAGACAUUGGUGUUCUUUGAUCCCUGGUUACUACUGUCACCCAUUGUGCCCCUCUUUUCUCCGAUCUCUCCGAUCCACUUGUCUAUCUUAUCGCAGAUCAAUCACUAAAUCUUUGGUCUCUGUCUCUACUUUUUUUUUUUUCUCUUCCAACGACCCCCCGUUCUAGUCGCGCAUACCCUGCAGACUACCUAGCUAUAUUUCACACACAAUGACGCAACCAUCUACCAUCAAAUCGCGCUUCCUCACCAAGCCCGACCAGCUGGGCGUGGUCGCCGUUGGAUUCAAUGGCGGACAGAUGAAGAAAGGCGUCGAAGCCGCCCCAAUGGCCCUAAUCGAAGCCGGGCUCCUCACCCAGCUCCGCGAGGACCUCGAGUACGACAUCCACCACGAUGACAUCGUCCACUACUAUGAGAAGGACAUUCCCGCCGAAGACCCCGACCACCGCAACAUGAAGAAGCCCCGCGCCGUCAGCGCCGUCACUGAGCGCCUAAGCUCCCAGGUCUACAACUACGCCAAAGACGGCAAGUUCGUCCUGACAUUGGGCGGUGAUCACUCCAUUGCUAUUGGUACCGUCUCCGGCACAGCCAAGGCUAUCCGUGAGCGAUUGGGCCGUGAGAUGGCUGUUAUCUGGGUUGAUGCCCACGCCGACAUCAACGUUCCUGAGAUGAGCCCUAGCGGAAACAUCCAUGGUAUGCCUAUGGCCUUCUUGACCCGGCUGGCCCGGGAGGAUAAGCCUGAUAUCUUUGGCUGGUUGAAGGAUGAGCACAUUGUUAGCACCCGCAAGUUGGUGUACAUUGGUCUGCGUGAUGUGGAUCGUGGUGAGAAGAAGCUCCUCCGGGAGAAUGGAAUCAAGGCUUUCAGCAUGCACGAUAUUGAUCGUCAUGGUAUUGGCCGCGUUGUCGAGAUGGCUCUGGCUCAUAUUGGCAAUGAUACCCCCAUUCACCUGUCGUUCGAUGUCGAUGCGUUGGACCCCCAGUGGGCGCCCAGCACCGGUACCCCCGUUCGUGGUGGAUUGACUCUGCGUGAGGGUGAUUUCAUCUGCGAAGCCGUUCAUGAGACAGGUAACCUAGUGGCUAUGGACCUGGUUGAGGUGAACCCCAGUCUGGAGUCUGUUGGAGCGGCGGAGACCAUUCGUGCGGGAUGCUCGUUGGUUCGCAGUGCGCUUGGUGAUACCCUUCUGUAA